UGAGCGCGAGUCGGUCGACGAUUUUUUUGUGAAGGCACCUUUCUUCCUGAAGCAACCAAAAAUAUCAGCCUGCGGGGUGUAAAACGGACGGGAAAAUCUAAUUUUUCACGGUGAAAAAUGGCGGCGGUCGAAACGAAACCCGUGGAAGUGCAGGAAAACCUGGUCAACGAAGCGGAAAAGGAGGAAAUCAACGAUGAAAAUGCCGACGAAAACGUUUCAGACGAGAAGAAGAAAAAGAAGAAGCCUAAAAAGCCGAAGAAGACCGCUGCCGAGAAAGCUGAGGCUGCCGUUCUAAGGGAAGCUGCUGCGGAAAAGGAAGCAGCCGAGAAGGCCGCUAAAGAAGUAGAGAAGGCCGCCAAAGCAGCGGAGAAAGCCGCUGCAAAGGAAGCCGAAAAGGCCAAGAAACAGCAACAGAAGGUAGAGGAACCAGCUGAUGACGAUGAAGAUGAAGAUGACGGUGCUCCCGGCGAGGGAGGAGCCGACGCAGCAAAGAAGAAGAAAAAGAAGCGUAACAAGAAGAAGGGAUCGGGCGCUGCGGGCGGAAAGCUAGUGGCACCGUCCGUUCCCAUUGUGGAACAGUUCAAGGAUGGAAAAUACCCGGAAGGUGAAAUUAUGCAGUAUCCGGACUCGACCACGGCGAAGGACCGCUUCACCAGUGAGGAGAAACGAGCCCUAGACCGGAUGCACUUGGACAUCUACAAUGAGCUCCGUCUGGCUGCAGAAGCUCACCGGCAGACCAGGCAGUACAUGCAGAAAUGGAUCAAGCCCGGUAUGACGAUGAUCGAAAUUUGCGAGGAGUUGGAAACCACCGCACGAAGACUGAUUGGUGAGAAGGGGCUGGAGGCUGGGUUGGCCUUCCCAACGGGAUGUUCGAGAAACCAUUGUGCUGCUCACUACACCCCCAAUGCCGGAGAUCCUACGGUGCUUCAGUACGAUGAUGUGACGAAAAUCGAUUUCGGAACUCACAUCAAGGGACGUAUUAUCGACUGCGCGUUUACUCUUUCGUUCAAUUCAAAGUACGAUAAACUGCUGGAAGCCGUCAAAGAUGCCACCAAUACCGGAAUACGGGAAGCUGGAAUUGAUGUCAGGCUAUGCGACAUUGGGGCCGCCAUCCAGGAGGUCAUGGAAUCUUACGAGGUCGAUUUGGACGGCAAAACCUACCAGGUGAAGAGUAUCCGCAACCUGAACGGGCACUCGAUCAGCCCGUAUCGCAUCCACUCCGGCAAGACUGUUCCGAUCGUGAAGGGUGGCGAAACGACCCGCAUGGAGGAGAACGAAUUCUACGCCAUCGAAACGUUCGGUUCGACUGGGCGCGGUAUGGUGCAUGAUGAUAUGGAUUGUUCGCACUAUAUGAAGAACUUCGACACGCCAUUCGUCCCGUUGCGUCUGCAGUCGUCGAAGCAGCUGCUAGGGUUGAUCAACAAAAACUUUGGCACGUUGGCCUUCUGCAAGCGUUGGUUGGACCGAGCUGGCGCCACCAAGUACCAGAUGGCCCUGAAGGAUCUCUGCGAUAAGGGAGUGGUCGAAGCUUAUCCGCCGCUGUGCGACGUCAAGGGUUGCUACACUGCACAGUACGAGCACACGAUCAUGCUGCGUCCAACCUGCAAGGAAGUCGUUUCACGCGGAGACGAUUAUUAGACGAAGAACUGCUAAUCAACCGGUGACCCAGUGAAUUUCUCGGAAGUCCGUCGGUGGGCCAUUUGCCUCGAUUUGGUACAUUGAAACAAGUUAUAGUAAGUAUGCGUUUAAAAUUGUUUCGUUUUCUAAGUUGAAAUCGUGUAUCAAUAUCUGGGGGGUUCAAUUGUAACAAAAGUAACAUUUAUUAUUGAAUAUACAACUAGUUUACGCGUUGGUACAGUA